AUGAUAAAAGUAAAUCUCCCGCACCUCAGGCGGAAUUUCUUUCUCGCUCCCUGGCGAGACGCUCGCUCAUGGCGAGACGGAGGUGCCCAAAAACAGGUGGGGAAGGCCCAAGAAGAUGAGGCAGAGGAGGUGGAAGCCCACCGUCGUGCUUUUGCAGGCACGCCCUCCAUAAAGUGGCUGGAGCACGAGUCCGAGUCAGUGUUGCAAAGCUGUCAUUGCCCUCAGGAUCAUCCCAAGCUUGGCAAGAAGGGCGACGUCGUGAAAGCCAGAGUCUUAGCUUCGGCUCUGCAAGGAUCUGAUGCCGUGAUGAUUCCGUGA